CCUUCCGGUGUAAUCAGAGUCAUAGCUUUUGCCGUGGCUAUACCUACCAUGGCAGCCUCCCUUGCAUUAGCAUGUUUCGCGUGCCACAAAGAUUGUAAUCGGGGAACCACCAUCACUGCUGUGACGCCAGAAGGCGCGAUUGUGCCACCAAGCAUAGUAGGUCUUGACCAAGCGACAAUUGAGUCCUAUACGGAAGUUGUUCUUGGUGAAAGCAAGCGGCUCCCGGGGCAUGAGGAUGCAGCAUGUCCUAUAUGCUUAUCGGAGUACCAUGUCGAGGAGACUGUGAGGUGUAUACCCGAGUGUCAACAUUGCUUCCACACGGAUUGUAUCGACAAAUGGCUUAAGAUGAACAGUACAUGUCCGGUUUGUAGGAAUUCGCCUUCUCCGGUUCAUGUCGAACUGUAGCAUAUAUGUUUAUUUGUUGUUCUUGUGGCUUAGUUUUGUUGCUUAGUUGAUGUAAAUACCUUACUUUUGUUGUAAACAUCACGUAU